AUUUCACGGUGCCAGACACACACUAACCGCCUCUGGCUGCAGCAACAGCAACGGGGGUUCAUUCCUUUCUUUCUUUCUUUCUUUCUUUCUCCACGCUCGUUUUUUUUCUCUUUCUCCUCCGCCUCAACCUCAACGUCAACCUCAACCUCAUCCUAUCCCCAUCUUCAUCCCUAUCCCAUCCGCCUUCAUCCUUUUAAUUUCGCCUGUCGCCCUUCUCUUCUCUCUUCUCCCUUCUCUCUUCUCUUCUCUUUUCAUUCUCUUCAUCUCUUGUUGCUCCUCGUUCUUCUGCUUCGUCUCCGUCUACUUCUUCCCUCUCCCUCCGUGUAUUCGGAACCGCUAUAUAUAUUUCUCUGCUGUCUCUUUGGCUGUUCUCCCGUUUGGGUUCGUCGGCGUCUCUCUCGUGUUACCCUGCCUCCUGUCCCCCCUCUCCGCUUAUUACUGAACUCCCUCCUCCCCCCAUUCGGUCAGCCAUCUCGUUCAUCCUGUUCGACUCCUCUCUAUCGCUUGAUCCCCUUGGCGGCUCGAGCAAAAUCCCGCUUGCCUGGACCCUCCCGGACUACGACAACUGGACAAACGGCGAGGUGCUGAGCGUUUGGUCUUGGUCUCCCCCGUUUCCUUCCUCUUGCCCCCCCUCCCCCUCUUUCCCCCCCGGGGAACAGCCCAUCGUAGCCCAUCUCGUCACUUACCGUCCUGGCUGGCACCCAUCUCUCCCUCCAACCAAAACCGUAUCCCUUCCGGCUGCUUUUUCCUCGUGCUGGUCUGUUCUGCUGCCUUUGUGUGUACAUGACAUGUACAGGUUCCUUUGCAUGCAUCUCGACAACUAAUUCCGCCCGCUGAACACACAGACCAGAUUCGGAUCCUAGCUGGCCCCUCCCGUCCCGUCUCGUGUCGGAGCAAAUCAAAUCAAAUCAAAUCAACCAAAAAAUAAAAAUAAAAAAAAUAAAAUAAAAGAAUAAAAAAUAAAAAAUAAAAAGAAAUUCCAAAAAAAUUCCACCAGACCAGCAUCAAAUUGAGUCUUUGGUGGUGGUCCCUUCCGCGCCUCUUUCGUUCUCCUGUAACGACUUGAUGCUGCAUACGACUGAUGAACACGAUUUGGCCUACCGCGUCUGAUUCCCUGUAUUCCCCCAAAAUCCGCGACUUUAAUUCUUUUCCCUUUCAUUCGUUGUUGUCCACGGCCCCGAACGAAAUUCCUGCAGAUUUCCCAGUCUGUCGACAAAACACACAAAACCACUUGCCGUUAGCAUCUGAUCCUGGAGUCUACCACUUAGAAACCAAGUGACACAAAAUCGACCAACCAAAAUCUUCCUGAUUUUUUACGCGUUUACGGAAAGUUUGAUAUCCCUCAGAAGAAAUUAAUAGCGAAGUCUUUAACUGCGCGAUCCUAUACUCAUAUUCUCGUUACGAUCUCCGCCUCUUAUGGUUGAAUAGUUGCUUUUGUGGCCUCGUGUCUUACCCAUUUGCCAUUUACAAACGACGAAAAAGAAAGAAAAAAUUCCUCAAUCCUCUACCACCCACACACUCCCCUCUGGCAGGCUUCCGUUCAUUAGCGGUCGCCAUGAGUAAUUACCAUCCUCAGCCUCAGGACAUGUAUCACGACAACCCCUCCUCCCGAUCCCCAGGUUCGCAACGCCAUCAUUCCCACCAGCAACUUCACCGUCAAUCAUCUAGGCAAUUCGAUGCCUAUGGCCCGAUGACCACUGGACUAUACGACGAUCCGAUGGCUAGAUAUGACUCCGUUCGGCUGGAUCGCCUAAACCCAGUCCUUCAAGGGAACUCCUAUGCAUACGAUAUGUCUGGCUCUCAGACUUGGAAUUCAAACGGAUUUGGAACUACAAAUACUCUUAGCGGCAUCGGGUCUGGAACUGGAGCCAGCACGGGAAGGAUGAAGCCGACUGCGCGCGGCAGGACUGGACUGCCCGCUACUUGGCUUGACCAACAACCAGGACUCGCAGGCCCGUUCAGCUUAGGACCCAAUUCCCUCCAGCCGAUGCAGAACCGUUCAGAGAAUCUCAGUCCUGAAGGAGACGACGAGCUUAUUCCGACCGCUAUAGUGAUCAAAAAUAUCCCAUUUGCGGUGAAAAAAGAACAGCUAGUCCAAUUGAUGACAGAGAUGAAUCUCCCCCUCCCCUACGCGUUUAACUAUCAUUUCGACAACGGUGUCUUCCGGGGUUUAGCGUUCGCCAAUUUCACUUCUGCUGAGGAAACAGCCACUGUAAUCGAAGUCUUAAACCAUUUCGAGUUACAGGGAAGGAAACUUAGAGUUGAAUAUAAGAAGAUGCUUCCCUUGCAGGAAAGGGAGCGGAUUGAGCGUGAAAAGCGUGAGCGCAGGGGUCAAUUAGAGGAGCAACAUCGCCCAAUGCCAAACUCCCAACUCAAUUCCCAGCCUUCAUUGUCAUCGUUGACAUCGCACAUUCCCGUGACUUCCCCGUCUCCAGUCUCCCAACGUGGUGCGGAAUUAAAAGUUAACAUGAACGAACCCGAAACUCUUCAAUACUACUCUCAACUUCUCUUAUUUAAGCAAGAUUCGAGCAAGGAAGCCCUGAUAUUCCCUGCGAAGUUAUCGCCACUGCAACGCCGUACAGUUCAUACCCUUGCUCAUAAUAUGGGAUUAGGGCAUGCGUCCCGAGGUACUGGUGACCAGCGUCAGGUUCACGUGUUCAGAGCAACAGACUCGAAUGUUAGCCCUCAGGGACCAGCGAAUCCGGCCACUGUCCAGACGGCCGACACAUCCCGCCGUGGGCUCAACCGUGCUGCGACAAUCGACUUCAGCGAGGCUAGAGGUGAUGGCCCUGGUCCUUUUAACACCCUUCGUGGACAUCACUCUGGUUUCCUCAGUGUGCUCGACUCGCCCAGUAGCUUUGGUAAUGCACAAAACCUUCGAGCAGCCAAGUCCUUCGCCGACCUGCGAUCCUAUACGCCAUCUCCGGUGCCUUCUUCUGCUAGUUUUCCUGCGGCUCUCCAGUCUAAUGGGACUCGUUUCCAGCCUUUCGAUGGAAAUACUAGCGCUGCAUCUAACACACCAACUUUGACCCCUACUCCUUCCGGUUCUUCAAUGGCAAUUCAACGCGAUGAUAACCUACUGGUAAACACUUUAGGUGGACUCUCCCUUGGAACUGGCAUUGGUGGGCCUAAUUCCGGCAGCCCUAGACGGCUUCGCGGAAUGUUUUCCUGGGAACAACAGGAUUCCCAAUCAUCCGCCACUGCUCCAAUUGGGAGUAAUAGAUCAAUUGGUCUGGGUUUUGAUUCACAACCUUCUCAGGAGCGCAUCCCCAUGAGACAGCCUAGAGGCCCAGCUCCCGAGCGCGGCUCAGGUUUUCGCCGCCAGAAUGGACAUCAGACUCGAGGGAGCGACGAGCUGAGAUCUGUCUCUAACGUCGAGAUAAUUGUUGAGUAAAUACUUCAUAAAGCCCUGAUCACCGAAUCAAUUUACGGCGACAAAUGUAUACCAUUUCAUGAAUGAAAGACAAUACCCACAAAUCCACUCAGGCCCUCUAUUUACCCCCAGCGAGGGUAAUGUCUUUACGAUUCAAUGACGCAUGACGAAAUGAACCAAAUCAAAAGAGAGACUAAAAUACAAAAGUUAUUUACACCGGGAUUAUAUGGAAACGUUAGAUCUUAAUUUUUGGGGCACCCUAACAAUCAUAAAAUUUGGAGCCUCGUCCCCCCCUUCCCUCCCAAAAACAAUCCACAACUCUUCCUUGUUUGCUCGACAAGAAAUGUCAACAGACAUUCUAUCAGAUUUGGACACUGUGAUCGGAGGGUGCGCAUUCUUUCCUACAACUGAGUGUUUGUGAAGAAAAUAUAUGACAAAACGACAAAAACAUGUUUCAAAAACCGUCUUCCUCGCUGCUGUUGUAUUUUUCUUUUCCCUGCGUGAUUCCUGUUUGCGUUGCAAACGCACUUCUUUUUCUUUAAUCUUGGAAAACUCGCGGGAUAUCAUGUUCAUCUGAAUUGCAUUAUAGUCGUCCAGUUGUAUAAGGAUUACGUUUUUUCACCGUAUAUUUCAUAUAAUCAUUUUCCGUAUUCUGUUUCUUCAUAUUUUCUCCUUUUUGGCUUUUCUCCUUCGUUCCUUUCCUUGCGCUCUCACGAAUAUACCUUGCUCUGACGUCGGCACUCUACCAGGUACCUAAUUGGAGGAAACCAAAUAUUCUGAUUCCAACUAAGUUGUUUCCUGAUCAGCAAAUAUUAGAACUGGGACCAAGCGCCUGUAUAUCCAGUAUGUGCUAGGAUUAGAGAAACGGGCCACUAAUUCAGCUUCAAUUUCUACAAUACAUCAUCAACCUGGUUGUUUCGCAAAAUCCUAGCCCACAGCCCUUUGAACCGUUUCUUUUAAGCACGCCCUCUCUGUCUACAUAAUCGUUUGUAGAUAGAUGGAACCCUCUUCUCCAUUGCCUUUGAUUCAAGAUGUACGUCCUUCGACCUCUUUUCGUUACUACCAGUCCGUUAAUUUACACCUGUCUUUGGAUAUAUGAUGGCAAAGCCGUGGCCUGCCAUGCCGCUAGGAAGAAGAGGAAACAAUGGAAGUCACGAGCAUUCGCUUUCUAGCUGUUGUUUUUAAUGUCUACUUUGUCUAUCUAUUUGUCCUUUUUAUUUGAUACUCCCCGCCCCUUCUCCUACUCUAUUUGUCACCACGCUCAAUCAUUUCAAAUCAUUUCUGGCGUUGUGUUGGCCCUCCCUUUUUCAUUCUCUUUUUUCCUUUUUCCUUCACUUAUGGUCUUCACUUCUCGUAGUGGCUGCUUUUUGUGUUAUACUGUGCUGUGAUCGUCAUAGGACCUACCCACCUACGCGUCUUACCCUGCGUCUGGGUUGUAGUCUGGCCAUGCCCAUUAUGUGGGAGCUAUGACGAGUACCGGGCCCGUAUUCUAGCUCAAUACGAGUAUUUUAUAUUUGGCUUUGCCUUUUUUCCUUUCUCAUCUUUGGCUGUCAUGCGCCGGUUCUUCUGCAGUCCUUUUUUUAAUUUUUAAUUCUUUUUACCUCGUUUUCAACCCUCACUGUUUGGGAAAUACCGUCAGUUGGCUACUUCGCAACUGUGGCAAGAUGUAAAUCUUCGAGGGGAUUUUAACUUAUCCUAUUUUAUUUUUCUUUCAACUCCUCAUUGAUUAUUAUAAUAAUAUAUAUAUAGCUCGAUCCGCUUCAGCUUCCUUGACCAUUUUUUCCCACUGGCUGACAUUAAUUCAUGAACAUAUAACAGGGCUCUGUUGGUGGCCGUGGGGAGUUAUCGGGGGCCGGCUCUUUUGCACUUCAUUUUGAAUGGACAAAAGGAAAGGUGGUUGGUUGUGCUUCUUCCGUAUACGUCCUAGGUAAAGAAGAACGAAUAUAUAUCAAGGAUUUUUAUUUUGAAUCCCACACUUUCCGUGAAUGGGCACGAAGGGGAUUGAUGGAGUAAGGGGGGAAAUAUUCACUAGAUGGCAAAUACAUGACUGGAGAUAGCACAUCCCAUAAACCCCGAGUUGUAUGUAAACCGAAACGGGUUCAGGGGGCAGACAAAUGUAUGUACAUACCUGACUGAUAUGAGGAUUGUUUACAUCGCCUCUUUACCUUACAGGAAUAGGGGGGUAUAUGCAUCAAAUACAUUGAACUCCUAUUACUCUGCGAGGAAAUGGAAACAUCUAAUAGGAGAAAAACAUCAUCCAUUCAUCAGAUAAUAUAGGCACUCUACAUACAGCACAUGGCCUUCUAUCGCCCCUUCCGGUCCCACUCCCUCCGAUGGCCCAUCUCUAUCUUCCGCUUGCGCUCGCGCUCGCGCCGCCUCCCACCACCACCACCACCACCAGCAGCAGGACCAUUUCCAACAACCUCCUUCUCCUUCUCGCGUGGAUCAAUCACUACGAGCCCAUCCGCGUCCUCAUGAGUGCGCUUCCAGUUCAGAUCCUUGCCCAGCAUGUCCUUGCCAAAGGUUAGCCUAUGCGUCAUCCAGUCAAUGGGGUUGUCAUCGUCGUCAUCCUCACGGCCAUGGUUGCGGGUAGUGGUUGCUAGGUCAGUGUCUAUUUGCGCGGCGAUCGCGCUCGUGUCCCACGCGCGGCAGGAUUGACAGUUCGCGAUAAAAUGGAGGUCGCAGACUUGCUCUUCAUGCUCCUCAUCUUCUUCUCCCUCCUUGCCUUCUUCCCCUGCUUUGGUAGAAGGAGGUUUCUUGUCAUUAGUGUGUUUGGAAUUUGUGUCUUUGCUGUCGUCUACUUUAUCCGUGGGUUUGGAUCGAGUGGAUAUCAAAUCCGCCUGUUCUAAUCGCGCUUUAAACGCAUUGAAGAUUCUCAUUGCCUCGCUAUCCUGCGAUGUCCCGUUCCCUAACCCAGCGCCGCUAGUGCUGCCCGGGGCAGGUCGUCGGCGGCCCCUUAUUGAUGUUUCGGGUAUCAAUGACUCAAGUGCAGACUUUUUCCGCGUAGGUUCGGUGGUUGUAGCGACAUUGCGACGCAUGGAUGCUUUGAGUGCAUCAAUCUCGGCAGUGGUACGUGAUAAGACUGAUUGCUUUGCGGGAGGGGCGGGGGAGGAGGAGGGAGAGCGGGAUGGGACUUCUGGGUCCGGAAGAGGCAGUUGGGUAUUAGGAUCUCGUGAUGAUGGUCUCGGUCUUGUGAGCGGGGAAUUUGAAGGGGAUAUAGAUGUUCGUCUUUUCGGGUGGGUUUGCUGUAGGUCGAUAUCUACUUGGCCUUUGUGCGUAGGAGAAGUUCUUGCGGCUUUGGGUUGUUGUUUAUGUUCGUAUCUUUCGUAUCUGUUUUCGCUAUGCUCCUGAACCGUAUCUUUUCCCGCUGUGACAAGCCUUGUAUUGAAUUUGGGCUUCUUCGUUUCCCGAGUUGUUUCUAUGAUAUCCUCUUCGUCGCCCGCAAAACUCAAUAAUACCUUCGCGCCUUUACCCUUUUUCCUCUUCUUAGCCACGUCCCGCUUUCCUUCCGCUUUUUUCUCCGGCGCAACAUGCGCUAACUUUUCUCGCUUCUUCAAAACUUCCUUGAAAGGACCCAAAUCGCCCACUUCGCACCCUGUAACUUUUACAGCAUAUACGGGUCGUUCUGUCCCCCCCACCAGUUCCCCUUCUGCAAUCCUCACGACAUUAUAGAUACUAUCCCCUUCAAUGCGUCCAAACAUCGUACAUGUCCCCGUUAACUGCCGGUCCGCACCACUCCCCAGAGUCACGAAGAACUGGCUCCCGUACGUCCCAUCCUCUGCCUUGGCCAUCCCAACCAAUCCCCGCCGAUUAAAUCGUAAUCUACUGUGUAUCUCAUCUUUGAAUAUCACUUUUUCCCCAUCACGUGGGUCGAAUUCGAACUCUGGAUCUUCGUAGAUGGAUGAGCCUCCCGAGCCUGUUCCUGUGGGGUCACCACCCUGGAUGAUGAAGUCUGGUAUGACACGGUGAAAAACUGUCCCAUUGUAGUACCCGUCUAAACAAUGUUGAAGGAAAUUUUUGCAUGCGAGAGGUGCCUGUUUGGCGAAAAGGGAGAUGUGGAGCGGGCCAGCGGUGGUGUUGAGGGUGGCGGAGGCCGUUGGUGGUGGCUCCGUAUUGUAAUGUGAUGACAUUAUACGGAGUUCCCUCUCCAGGGGCCGGAAAUCCUUAUCAAAGUGACUUCCUUUGUCGUCUCGUUAUUUAUGUAUGCUUAUAGCAGAGAGGCGGCGUUCAAUAAGCUCUACGGGAAUUCGGCGAAGUGUCGAACUAAUGAAGCUAUGGUGAACGCGAUAGGCCAAGAUAUUUGCGCAAAGUUAUCGAGGAAAUACCAUGGACAUAUACAAAUCCAUUGGCCUGGGGUAGAGCCAAAAAGCGACCUUAGGGGUGGGUAGUAUCAAAAAGAAUUGGUAGAAGUUGUACGGAAGGAGUAAGACAUUGGGUGACGAAUUAAUUGCGCGAAGCAGUUGAAAGCAGUGUUGGAGUUGGAGGAUAAUGUUGUCAUGUACUCGUGCCGCUGCUUACUCACUCACCUCUAGUGAGUGCACCACAUCAAAAUGAUAAAAACACUGAAAUGAUAAAAA